GUGCUCCCGCUCACCAUGACCUCACCUUGGCCCGUGCUUGUGAUACUCGCGUCUCUUUGUCCAGGAGACUGCAGGUUCAUCACCGACACUUUGUCUCUCAUCAGACAGGAGGCUCUGACACUGGACACGUGUUCAGAAUGCAGACAGGUCGUCCAGCUGUCCACUAACAUGAUCUCCAGCAGAGACACUAAGGAAACUGUGUAUGCAGGCUUGCAUGCUCUGUGCCAGCGCUUCCCACGGGAACAGGCAUCACAGUGUGACUCCCAGCUGAAGACGUAUCUGCCCAAAGUGCUGCACCAAUCACCUGGUCACCUGAAGCCAGUCGAGACCUGUGUGGCUCUUGGACUUUGUGCUGCCCACAAGGAGGAGGAGCUGCUGAAACUUCCCCACCACGCCGCUGAUAAAGACACUUCCAGCUCUGCGCUUGGUACAGCCAUCAGCAGCUAUGAGCAGUUCAACCCAGCUUGCUCCCUGUGUCUGUUUGUCAUCAGGAAACUGGAGACCCUUUUGCCUAAAAACAUGACUGAGGAAACCUUAAUGAAGCUGAUGGGAGAGGUCUGUGACCUUCUACCUCAUAGCUACAAGGACCAAUGUGAUGACUUCAUCAGUAAAUAUGGCGUAGAGAUAGUAGAGUUCCUCCUGUCGUCUGCUGCGCCUCAGACUAUAUGUACCCUGCUGCACCUGUGUUUGUUUGAGGAGCAGCUUCCUCCAGGGACGUUCCUCCCCUCGGACUGCGAGUCGUGCCGCACGCUGGCUGUGCUGAGCCGACUGCACCUGGGUCCUAACUCCACCGAACCUCAGACCGCGUCUUUCCUGCAGUCCGUGUGUGUCCAUCACCCCAAUGCCAUCCACAAGUGCCAAACUUUCACCAAAAUCUAUGGCUCCCGACUGCAGAAGGUUUUGGGAAACCCGAAGGAGGUUCCGCAUGCUUGUGAAAGAGCUGAUCUGUGUGUUGCCCUGAAGAAGGUGGAGCCGCUGGGGAAGCGUCGUUGCACUGAAGAACCAUAUUGUUAGUUUAACUGAUAACAGUGAUGCACAGGUUUUCUGUGACAACACAUGAUGAUGAAGAUGAUUAAACCAAACUGUAGUUAUAUGUUCACAAAUAAUCACUUUUUUGUUUCAAAUGAUUCCACUUAAAAGUUUUGCACUUUACUUUUAUUACUUUUGGGUAAAUUAUUCAUCCCGCUAUUUCAAUCAGCCAUAAAUAUUCAUCGUGAACUAUUCUGGUUUGCAUGCUUGUAUCGCGAGACCAGGGCCGGGAUUCAGUAUGAAACAUGUUUCUGAGGCGGUUAAGUCAAAUGUAAUGCCCCUUUCAAUAUGUAUGUCACUAUGUAUGUGAAAAUGCUUGGCUGUAAGAUGAACCCUCAAUACGUAUUAAAGACAGUUUGGACAGUU